GUCCAUGUCUGGAUUCGGACUUUCUGCCCUCACUUUCUCACCAGCCAAACACACAGUUACUUACACAGUUAGUUCACGCGCAUUCUCUUCUUCUCUGACUCCUCACCACCGCCUCCACCAUGAACCUCAGUUUCUGAAUCUAAGCUCUCUUCAUCACCAUCAAGAUGCUUCACUUUCUCUCUCUAACCCUCCUCUCUCUCCUCCACUUCUCUUCAUCUUUCACACCUCUAGACAACUUCUUAAUCAACUGCGGAUCAAGCUCGAACUCCACUGUCGAUAACAGGGUCUUUGUUGGUGAUUCAGCGAAACCCAUUUCGGUUUCCGUCUCUGCAGGCAAGUCCAUUUCACUCACAGACUCGAACCCAUCUCCAGGCUCGUCCAAUCUGUACCACACUGCCAGAGUUUUCACGGGAGCUUCGAGGUAUGAGUUCCGUAUCCACCAAGCAGGUACCCAUUUCGUUCGUUUCCAUUUUUGGCCAUUCAAUUCUCGAAACCAUCGUUUGAAAUCCGCAAAGUUUGGUGUUUCUCUUAAUGGGUAUCCGAUUCUGAGGAAUUUUACCACUAAAAAUGCCGUGAUAAAGGAAUAUAUCCUGAGGGUUGAUGAUAAAAAGCUGGAAGUUCUGUUUUCGCCUGAGGGAGGAUCUGGGUUUGGUUUUGUUAAUGCAAUUGAGGUUUUUUCAGCUCCUGGGGAUCUGAUUCCUGAUUAUGGGCCUAGAUUUCUUAGUCCUAGUGGAUCUGAAGAGUUCUAUAAUCUGUCAUCGAAAAUUUUGGAAACUGUUCAUAGGAUCAAUGUUGGUGGUUCAAUAUUAACCCCUUUUAAUGAUACUUUAUGGAGGACUUGGAUCAAUGAUGAGGAUUUCUUAGUUCUGAAAUCUGCAGCAAAACCUGCACUCACCACACAUACCCCUAAUUACCAGGAAGGAGGCGCAACCCAGGAAAUUGCACCUGAUAAUGUUUAUAUGACUGCACAACAGAUGAAUAGGGAUAAUGUGACAUCGGAUUCGAGAUUCAAUAUAAGUUGGAAAUUUGAAGUGGGUUCUCAUAGUGCCAGGCACUUGGUUAGGUUGCAUUUUUGUGAUAUUGUUAGUAAAUCACUUAACUUGCUCUACUUCAAUGUGUAUAUUAAUGGGCUGCUUGCGGUCAGGGAUCUUGAUUUGUCUGUCCUUACAUUCCAUGAGCUUGCAUCACCUUACUAUAUGGAUUUUGUUGUGGAUUCGGAUAAUUCAGGGGUUACGAGGAUAAGUGUUGGUCCUUCUGACCUCAGCCCGGUCUCAGCAAGAAAUGCAAUUUUGAAUGGGGUAGAAAUCAUGAAGUUGGUGAAUUUUGUGGCUCAACAAAGCGAGGAUAAGAAGAAAAAUAUCUGGGUUCUGGUGGGUUCAAUUGUUGUGGGGUUUGUUGUUGUAUGUUUGAUAGUGCUUGCAGUUUUGGUUGCGUUGAAAUGCAAGAAGAAGAAACCAAAACCAAGACCUGCUGAGAGUGUAGGUUGGACUCCUUUACGGGUAGCCAGUUCCUACAGCAGGAUGUCUGAAGGGACGGCCAAUCCAUAUCUAGGUCCAAAUUUAUACCUUGGCUUGAAGAUCCCUUUUGCUGAUAUACAACUGGCUACAAACAAUUUUGACAGGAGUUUGGUUAUUGGUUCGGGUGGCUUCGGUAUGGUUUAUAAAGGGGUUCUUAGAGACAAUACUAGGAUUGCCGUGAAGCGAGGUGUGCCGGGGUCUAGGCAGGGCCUCCCUGAAUUCCAGACUGAGAUAACUGUUUUGUCCAAAAUUCGCCAUCGUCAUCUUGUUUCACUUGUUGGGUAUUGUGAAGAACAGUCAGAAAUGAUACUGGUUUAUGAGUACAUGGACAAAGGACCAUUGAAGACUCAUUUGUAUGGUUCAGAAUUGCCUCCUUUGACUUGGAAGCAGAGGCUCGAUAUAUGCAUAGGUGCAGCAAGAGGUCUUCACUAUCUUCAUACAGGUUCGGCACAGGGAAUCAUCCAUCGUGACAUUAAAUCAACCAAUAUUUUGCUUGAUGAGAAUUAUGUUGCUAAGGUGGCUGAUUUUGGUCUUUCAAAAUCUGGCCCUUGUCUCAAUGAAACCCAUGUAAGUACUGGUGUAAAGGGUAGUUUUGGCUAUCUUGAUCCUGAGUAUUUUCGGAGGCAGCAGCUCACAGAUAAAUCAGAUGUUUAUUCAUUUGGGGUUGUGCUUCUUGAAGUGCUUUGUGCUAGACCUGCCGUUGAUCCGCUGCUUGCUAGGGAGCAGGUGAAUUUAGCUGAAUGGGCAAUGCAAUGGCAGCAGAAAGGCCUGCUUGCUAAAAUCAUUGAUCCUCACCUUGUGGGCAAGAUAAAACCAAGCUCUUUAAAAAAGUUUGGAGAAACAGCUGAAAAAUGUUUAGCAGAAUAUGGUGUCGAUAGGCCAACCAUGGGUGAUGUAUUAUGGAAUUUGGAGUAUGUACUUCAGCUUCAGGAAACUGGCACACGAAGAGAAUCACAUGAAGAUAGUGAUAUUAAUACAUCAGAGCUUCCAUCACACAGUGCAGUUCCCUUACCUCAUUCUAGCAACAUUAGAACAGAGAGAAGCCAUGGCUAUGCGAGUGGAGACAUAUCAACAACCCAAGUCUUUUCUCAAUUGAUGACCAACGAAGGAAGAUAGUGUUUAGUCUCACAAUGCACCAUAUGCAGUCCACAGAGUCCCAAAUAAUAUCGCCUUCUUAUUUCUUUGGAAGUGCUACAGAACCAUAUCUUGGAGGUAUCAAAUGAAGUUUCAGGUUCUUGAUUCAUUUCAUAUCAUCUGUAUUUUAUUAUGAUGUUCCCAUAAUAGUAAUGGUGUUUCAGGCUGUCACAGGUUAGGUUAUUUAUUCAGUUUCAUAGGAUAUAAUUUCUUGUACCAGAUAGAAGCAGCAUUAGUUAUGAUGAUAAACCCCAUAAUUGUAUAUGAUUUCAUAGUUCUUGUAGCCUUGAUUCGUUUGAUAUUAUGAAUGAGGCCUAGAUAUCUCUCUCCCUAUGUUGUUUCAGGUGUUAAAUCUAGAGUCCAUGGCGUGUUUGGAUGCUACAUGGAAAUAAAAUCUAUCACUCAUUCUGUUUGUUUUC